AAUGGGGCGUUUGUGCCCCCUCGCUUGUCUUCUGAAUUUCUUCAGACUCUGGGCAUUGACCCGGGAGGGCGUGUACCCAUCACUCGACCUCUCUUACCGUACGUGCAGCACAUGUUUCUUCAGAUAGAAGAAAAACAAGAUGACCUGCGUAUGUAUUCUGACCGGGACCCCAGGGUACAGUUCUACAAUCCGCAGUCGCAUUCCUCUGAAGGUCUGCUUGAGUUUGAUUUAUCAGGAGCACCUAUUGAUGGAAACGUGACCAAGAUAGAGGUCGCCUUCACAGGACACACCCACCGACAGAUCUCUCUACAAAUCACAUCCCCAUACCGCCCCGGAAUCAGAGUGAGUACCUUCCAUACAGAACAGGGACAUUUGGCUGACGUCACAAAUCUUGCUAUGGAUCAGGUGUUAAAUACAACAUUAAAUCUGUUCGUCUCCGUCAGUAAAUCGAAUCACCAAGUAAGACACCUAAAUCCAGUUCUGGCGGUUUUUCUCGACAUAAAUGUCUCCCUAUUGCACACAGUCCGUCGGAAGCGCUUUGUGCCUUCCAACAGAAACUCGACUAUGGAAACAGCAGAAACUCUAAAUCCCUGUCGUCUGGAGGAAUGGACUGUGGAUUUCCGGGAUUUAGGAUGGUAUGAAAAAUUCAUUCUGCGUCCUAUAACAUACCAAGCGAACAUUUGUGCUGGAGAUUGCCCCGUGGCUCCGAUGGACCCAUAUUUUAACGCCACAAACCAUGUUCUGAUAAAGUAUCUCUUGGAGAAGAGACUGUGCUGCUCCCCGAUAGAAUAUAUGUCACAGACUUUGAUGUUCAUAAAAAACAACAUAACAGCCAUACAGACAGUCAGAGGGAUGUCCGUGUCGCGUUGUGGCUGUCGCUGAGGCCAUUACUUUGGUGUAUGAUCUGCUCAUAGUCAGUGUCCGUAACUCCAAAGAAACCCGCCAAGAAUUUGAAUUUUCAAAUUUGUGGACGCCAUUUUCUGAAGAAAGGGACAUUUGUAUUUUGCAGCUAGAAUCGUAUGCAAUUGUAUUUGAGAUUCGAGAUCUAAAGUUUUGAAGUUUAAAAACUGGGAUUUUAUGUUGAUUUUGAUUCUAUCACCUCUUGGAAUUGCAAAGAUUAGUGAUUGAAGCACGUAUUGUUGUUCGAUACCGAGGGAAUGUAUCAAGUUCAAAGAAAAGUAACACCCAUUUAUAUUUUUUGUUAAUCUUCCUGAGCUCUGAACGGCAAGGUUCAUGUAGAUAGAUACCAUAUGAAGUGUUUGUUGUCCUAAAAAAUAUACAUGUAUGUUUGCAGAGUUUAAAAUAGCAAUUUUAUUUGAUUUAUUCCUUAUUCAUUAGUUUGUCUUUUUCACGUAAUGGAGAAUCAUUCUAUUUUAAUAUGUGAGGCAGUGAUUGACUUGAUAGAAACUUACGUUCUCAGCAAAAUACAAUCAGGACCAUUACAUUGUUACAGUGACUGGAUGAA